UAGCUGAGGCGGGGUGUUCGACUCUACACGCUGAACCGAGCUUCAGAAAUCCGUCUCGUGGUGAAGGAGACACCAGACAGGAUCGUAAAGAAAUGGCUUUCAGUGGAACGUGGCAGGUUUAUGCUCAGGAGAACUACGAGGAGUUUCUCAGGGCCAUAUCUCUGCCUGAGGAUGUCAUCAAGCUGGCCAAAGAUAUCAAACCUGUGACAGAGAUCCAACAGACAGGCAACGACUUCGUUAUCACCUCGAAGACCCCUGGAAAAUCGGUCACUAACUCCUUCACCAUCGGCAAGGAAGCCGAUAUCACCACCAUGGAUGGAAAGAAGCUCAAGUGUGUUGUGAAGAUGGAGGGAGGAAAGCUCAUCUGUGACUCAGAGAAAUUCUUACACAAGCAGGAGAUUAAGGAUGGAGAGAUGAUUGAGACUUUGACUGUAGGAGGUACCACCAUGAUCAGGAAGAGUAAAAAGCUAUGAUGUGAUAUUUAAAUAAAACUGUAAUUUGUCAAAA